AUGACCUCACACUCCAGGGGGCGACGCCGCAGAAGCUACAGUCGCACCGUCAUCUCCCUGAGUCACUGCAUUACGCCCACCGCCCGCGGCUGCUCGAGAUCUGAGGCAUCGGGUGUGCGUAUGGGCGUGCUGUGUGAGGGGGGCCGAGGGCGGCGAGCUGGUGCUAUAUCGGAGGGCAGGGAGAAGCUGGAGGCCCUGUGCCAACCUGUGGCACUCUCCGCGUCCACUAAUCGGGCCUGUGCUGUGAGCGAGACGACCCCUCUCGCCCGUCGGCCUCUGGGCUCGAGGGACAGCCUCUCACAACACGCCGGAGAACGAGCUCGCUGCCCCUUGGGAAUGAAGGGAAAGCGGGCAAGGGAAAGCGAGAGCACCUUGCAUGGGAGACGCAGGACAGUCUCUCGUAUUCAGUACCAUGUGGAGCGGCCGGUGUAUGGGGGUCAAGUGGACGGAGCUCCGGUGGUUGUGAGGGGGCCAGGUGGAUCGCCGGAGCAGGUGGUGAGGCCAGGUGGAGCGGGGCCGUGUUCCUGGCUCUGGGGAGAGGUCCGCGCCCACCGAGACGACUGGGAGGCCGAGAGAAGCGAGAAGAGGGCGGCGCAGACAUCGCUGGCAGAGGCGGAGGCGAGAACAGCCCUGUUGCUCCAGGAAUUGCAAUUGUUGCAAGCUAAGCUGGCGGACACGGAGAGCAAGCGAGGCCUCUGCUGGCGCUGCCUCCUGCCGAGGACAGACUUCUCCAAUCGCUCGAGCCGUUGCAGCAGUGCCUCCACCUCCGCCCAGGCGUCUCCUGUCCCGGCGCCCAACCCUCCCGGAGCUCCGUCGGCGCCUCCUGUCUCCGCAGCGCCCAACGAGCCUCCUCCUGCGCCGUUGAAGGGCUGGAUCCCUGUGUCUAUGCUGCACCAGAUCGCCUUCAGCGGCGCGACGCCCGAGCACCAAACGCCCGUUGUGCACGCCCAGCCUCGCGCCCAGCCCUCCUCGCGCCCGCAGACCCAGGGCCACCACCACCCCGCCUCCUCCUCCAAGUCGACCCCCGGGGGUCAGGCGUCGCUCGGAAAGGCCGCGGACAAGACGCCGGCGGCGCAGAAGCAGGAGCCGCCCGCGCCCCACGUCGGGUCCUUGAAGCAGGAGGAGAGCAGGGGCUCCUCGACGGCAGGGAGCGCCCCCUCUGCCGAAUCCAAGACGGGCGGCGUCGGCGGCGUCGCUGACGAGAAGAAGAAGUACGAGGCGAUGGGCGCGAGGCCGAAAGUGCUGGGCAACCUGCAGCCGCUGGCGGGCAAGGGCGUCGGGCUGAUCGAGGACGAGAAGUCGGCGAAGCACCGCGCGCGCUCCAUCCUGGCGAGCGCCAUCCCGGUGUCCCCGGUGUCCAGCGGCCCCCCGACGCCCUGUGGCCCCAGCCUCACCCGCAGCCCGUCCACGCCCAACAUGCCCAAGGGCUACAUGCCCAUCACCUCAACCAUCCUCACGCCCAUCAACUUCCGCCAGCCCUUCGUCGCCCACAAGCGCCCGUCAACCAUGAAGCAGAUCACGCAGGCGGUGCACGCGGCGUCGCAGGCCUCCUCCUCCGCCCGCGCCCGCAGCGAAACCUCCCCCUCGGGCGCGGCCGUCCGAGCCGACCCCUCGAGUGCCCAGUCGCCCCCCGUCGGCAGCCUCUCGUCGGCGCUCGCCCAGCCGCACGGCGAGGCGCUCCUGCCGGCGCACACUCGAAGCGACUCAUCGCCGGCCGCGAUCGGCCUCUCCUUCCCGGCGGGCGGAGGCGGCACGUCGCAAGCUCCCGACGGUGAGGCCCCCGGCGCGAGCGGCAAAGGCGAAGGUGGCGUCUCGGCCCCGGCGAGCGGGAAUGCUCAGAGCGGAGUGGAGGACGCGCCCUCCGGAAGCAGCAAAGAUGAGAACAGUGGCGGGAAGGAAGCUGCGUCGCCGGCCAAAGGAAGCACAGCCAGUGCUGCUGCGUCCGAUAACGUUCAGAAACCACAGCUCGCCACGUCUUCUACGGCCGCUGAUUCGUCUAAGUUAACUGCCAAUAAUCAUGCUUCUAAAUCAUCCAGUUCAUCGUCUCCUCCAAAAACGGCAGUUACGUCGGACAGCACCAAAGUUACCACCACAAGCAACAGCACAAACGGCCCUUCCAGCGCCGCGAAGACUGCUUCCUCCAACGCCACAGUUGCCCCCUCCACUCAUGCAAAAGCUGCAGCCUCCACCAGCACGAAAACUGCAGCAUCGAACAAUACCAAAGUAACUACCAGCAAUAACAGCACAGUCACCACGUCAAGUAACACGACGGGAGUGACUUCUAAAAUACAACAGUCGCUUCUAACAGCACUACAACAUCAACGUCAGUCACCACAACCACCGCAAGAAACUCUACAACUUCAACUUCUAGCAAAGUCACAACCGCUAGUUCCCAGCAGAACCACAACUGUUACAAACAGUCAAAAUACAUCAGCGGCUACAAGCAGAAGUAUUUCGGGAACGUCCACUGUGGUUGCAGCUGUCCCUAGCAAGACAGCAACAGUAAACUCCAGCAAAGCCGGCGCCUCUACAAAGAACACAGCCACCAAAACAGCAACCAGUUCGAGUCCGUCGUCGGCCGGUGACAACACAGCUGUUAGCUCUGCCAAAGCGUCAGCAGGGACUGCAAACAAAGCGGGGACCACCUCCGCCGGCGCAGCGAAUCCCUCUUCGGCAGGGCCUGCCGCCGCGCCCAACGCGAGCGCCGCGAACGGCCUGCCGAAGAACGGCGCCGCCUCCGCCAGCUCGACGGCCUUCGCCUCGAUCACCGUGACCACGACGGCGGCGGGCACGGUGGGGGCGCACCCGACCUCCAGCGCCUCCACCUACUCUUCGGCCACGUCGUCGCGCUCCUCCUCGCCCGGGAUGUCCCUGACCACGUUCGGGCUCAAUUCCGAGGGGCGCGGCAUCCCCGGCGCGAUCUUCUUCGCCCUCCGGCCCGAGCAGAAUGGCAUCCGCAGCCCCCAGCCGUGCCCCUCCUCGCGCGGCACCUCCGCCUCCUCCGUCAAGAGCCCGACGCCAGACUCUGUAGCUGCUGGUCAGACGUACAGACAAGCGCUGCCGCCGUCGGGAGUCAAGAGCCCGCCCAUCCUGGAGCACCCGGCCACGAACGUCGUCAAGGAGGAGCACUGGUGGUCCGUCGAGAGCCCGGGGCGCAGCAGCACCCCCGGGCGGCAGCAGGGGGGCAAGCUGGUCAACUCGACGUGGGUAAGGCUGAUGGGCGGCCAGGCUAACAACCGCCAGAGUUCAGGCCUGCCGUGGCGCACCGCUCGCGCCGUGUCGGGCCAACAGCUCGACCAGGCGCGCCGCGCGUCGCACGAGGACAGCACGAGCGGCCCGACGUCGCCUAACAGCAUGUCCUCGACCGCCACCUUCAACUACACCCCCGCCGUAAACUCGCCGCCGUCGUCGAACCUGUCGUCCGCCACCAACUCGGCCGCGACGUCGCCGCUGCCGGCGGUAAACCAGAGGCCCUGCGAGGACCUCCGGUCCAUGGCGUCCAAGAACAUUUCCUCCGCCAUCAUGAGCUACGAGCUGGGCAACAAGUGCGAGCCGCUCGGGUCGCCCGUGGGGGUGGGCACCCCAGGGUGGCCGGGCCAGGGGCUGGACGCACCUAAGGCGGCGCCCGCCAACGACGGCGUGGCCACCAUGACGCGGCGGGACCUCGUGUGCCCCUCCUGCCAGAUGCUGUUCCCUCCGGAGAAGCACCUACAGUUCCUGGACCACUUCGAGGUCUGCCGGGGGCCCGAGUACGCCGAUCUCUGAUAAAAGGGAACGCGAUAUCUUUUAUGAAAAAGGGCUUUAGAGAGUGAACGUAAGUGUCUCAUUCUCUAAAUGCAAGACAGUAUAGAUUUUCGUUGAAUGCUAAUCUAUAAAAUGUAUAGAGAAAAGUCAGUGUUGUUAAGCAGGAGGAUCGGAAAGAACUGCAGUGAGACACUAUUCGUAAUUCAUCUCGUAUGAGUUGUGAUCUUAGAGCGUAAAAGGGCAAAAGGCCGUCUCAGAAUUCCUUAACAUAUCCAGUUCCUUCAGCCCAUAUCUUAACAACUUUUUUUUUUUUUUUUUUUUUUUUUUUUUACUUUUAGUGUUUCUGUAACUCUACAAACGUACCUCUCAAUGAAUAAGAUUUUUCCUACAGAGAAAGAGUUAUACAUUACCAUUUACUAUUUGGCUGACCGUAUGACUUAAACAGAGAGGUUAAACCCUACAUUAUAUUCCGAGGGAAAACCAUUAUAUAUAUAUAUAUAUAUAUAUAUAUAUAUAUAUAUAUAUAUAUAUAUAUUUAUAUAUAUAUAACCUUUCCUUCAUUUGCUCGAAGGAAAUAGAAGAAAAAUUUGCCUCGAUCAUUUUAACGAUUCCAAGCGAGAGAAAAGAGAACGAAACACGUCCUCGCGAAAAGCGUCGUUCAGUCGAACUCUUCGAUGUAAGUAAGUUAUUCCAUGAUUUAAAGAAAAUAAAACGCGAGCCACCUCGUCCCCCUGAACCGAGCGAGCACCUCGUCUUGCUCGAGGCCACGAGGGGAAGGACGAAACAGGAAACAAAAGGGAAUAUGCUCUCCCUCUCCCAGCCCGCCAUGCGUAGGCAGGUCAGCCUCGAGCGUAGGGCGCCGGCUGCGUGGACGAGAGCUCUCCCUUUAGAACCUGUUACCAAAAUGGAUCAGCCUGUUGCACCUCUCCGCGGAUAAGUGUUGGCAUAAGUGAUCCAGGAGCCAAGGAUAGAGAGUAUUGGGGGGAAGACAGUCUCCGGCCAGAGCUAGUUGAGAAGGAUCGGGUUUUGCUGUGCUGUCGAGCAUAUCACUCAACGCGUCGAGGCGUUCACAAGCGUUUAGCACAAGGAUGCAAGUGAGGUUUUAUACACUACUUAUAUAUAUAUAUA